AUUUUAACAUUCCGUAGAUUUUUAUCAACAACUAGUGAAACAUGUCGAACAGAAUUUUGGAAGAUUCCCCCAAUGCCCACAUCAACAAGACCAUUUUGGAUCGUUACCUCAGUUUGCCGGUAAAGGAGAAUAUCGUUCAGGCCACCUAUGUGUGGAUCGAUGGUACCGGUGAAGAUUUGAGAUGUAAAGAUCGUACCUUGGAUUUUAUACCAUCGAAGCCAAGUGAUCUUCCCAUUUGGAAUUACGAUGGUAGUUCCUGUUAUCAGGCCUUGGGCUCCAAUUCGGAUACCUAUUUACAUCCGGUGGCCAUUUACAAGGAUCCCUUCCGUCGUGGUAAUAACAUUUUGGUAAUGUGUGAUACCUAUAAGUUCGAUGGCACUCCCACCGAGACAAAUCAUCGCAAAUCAUGUCUGGAGGUUGUCAACAAGUGUUUGGAUGAAGAGCCAUGGUUUGGCAUUGAACAAGAAUAUACAUUCCUUGAUUUUGAUGGUUAUCCGUUGGGAUGGCCUAAGAAUGGUUUCCCCGGACCACAGGGACCCUACUAUUGUGGUGUGGGUGCUAAUAAGGUCUAUGCCCGUGAUGUUGUCGAUGCCCAUUACAGAGCCUGUUUGUAUGCUGGUAUUAAGGUAUCGGGCACCAAUGCUGAGGUAAUGCCUGCCCAAUGGGAAUAUCAGGUGGGACCAUGUGUUGGCAUUUCAAUUGGUGAUGACUUGUGGAUGUCUAGAUUCCUGUUGCAUCGCAUUGCCGAAGAGUUUGGUGUAAGUAGAAAGGAAGACCCUCAUCAGGCCUCAUAUAGGCCUUGA